AUGAGUAACCCUCGGUUUAUAAUUGAACAGGCUUAUGUCACUACUUACAUCAUUUCGUCGGCGCCGUGGGUGUGUGAUGAGGCCAUUACUACCGAUCUGCUAUCCGAUAUUCUUUCUCGGCAUAUAGGAUAUGCCCCUUCGUCAUUUAUCAAGAGUCUAGUAGGGCAGAGAGUUGAUAAUACGGACUUGGAAUGUAUGGUCGUGCUGUAUAGUCUUCUGAUGAUGGGUAUACUGCCCCCUCGUGACGUGCAUGCGUCAAUCAACCGUAUACUUUAUGCGGGGAACGGGGAGGACCUUGAGCGUCACCUUAUAGAUCAGUUGGAUCCUGUGGAUAGCGAACGGCUAAAGACGCAGCUAGCAAGAUUAGAGCUUCUAUAA